AUGGAUAACUCCCCAAAGGGGAACUUCAUGUUCUUUCAAAAGAAUAAAAGUAAUGAUAAUCAACUGAGCCAUAAAUUUGAAGAAACCAUGUAUGCCAAAGGAGAGGAAAAGAAAAAUGGGAAGAGGGGCGGCACAGAUAGCAAAGGUGUAACACCUGUGCUCAAGGACCAAGGAGUUAACAUCUACAUCAAUACUCCAACGAGUAUUCUAGAUAAGAACAUGAACACGGUGAAAAAAUAUGAUAAUGUCACUGGGUCCUUGUCGGCCUCUUCCCCUAUGGGUGAAAAAAGUUCCGACCAUGGGCAGAACAUUUUUGUCGAUCGAGGCCUAGACAUGAAGAAGAUGCUCGGGAUGGAGGAGAAGGAGACUCCAGGCGGGAUGAGUAUUUACACUCUGAAGAACUACAAGGUUAGCGGUCACGGGAUGAGUAUCCAUAGGGAGAGCUCAAAAGAACCCCCUAAAAAUACGCAGCAAUUUAAGCCCAAAUUUAACAAAAAUAAAAAAAAUACAACCAAGGAGGAGGGCAACAUGAACAACAUGUCGAAGGACAUCAAAAUUCGAAAAAGCAACAUUCUAGAGUUGAAUAAGUUGCUAAAGGAGAAUUUGAGGAUAGAAGAAAAUUUAAAGAAAAAGAAAAAAGGGAAAGGAAAUAAGGAUGAUGGAGAGGAUGAUGAUGACGAAGAUUACGACGGGGGGUAUGACCAGGACUACUACCAGAUGUGGGGCGACAACAGCAGCAGAUAUAUUCCCCGAGAUAAUGCGCGCGAUAAGGCAACUCCAGGGGAACAACAUGAACAUGUACAGAAGGAUAUGAGUAGCCAAGAGGAAGGCUCUUUGGAAGGUAAAAGAGACAACGGAAAGGAGAAAAAGGAAAGGGGGAAGAGGAAAAGUAAGGAGAAAAACAAAGACAAUAAGGCGAAAGGAAAAAACGAGGAACGCGAAAGGGAAAAGGAUAAAUCUAUUUCUAAGGGAAAAAUGAAGGAGUUUGACCUCAACGAUCAAGAGGAGAGCGACAAGAAGAAGGACCCGCUCUCCAUUAGCAACCAGAACAACGUGGUUAAUAGCAACAUGAUCAACAACGUGAGUGGCAAUCCGAGUAACAGUCCAAGCAACAGUAUGAACAUCAUGAUGGGUAGCAGCUUGAAUAGCGGUCCGAGCAUCAUCCUGAAUAUGGAUAAUAAAAACAGCGGAAAAAAUAAAAAGGCGAGGAACAAGAAGGGAGAACAACACCAGGAGAAGAAAAACGAAUCGCCGCAAAAUCGAAAAAACGAACCUGGACAAGGCAAGAAGAACGACUCACCACAAAAUAAGAAGAAUGAUUCGCCACAAAACAAGAAAAAUGAAAUGAUGCAAAAUAAGAAAAUGGAUUCCCCGCAAAACAGGAAGAACGAUCAGGGAGAAAACAAAAAGAUGGAGUCUCCCCACAAUAGGAAGAAUGACCUAGGGAACAACAGAAAGAACGAAUCAGGGCAGAAUAAGAAAAAUCAUUCUCCACACAACAGGAAGAAUGAUUCUCCACAUAACAGGAAGAAUAAUUCUCCACACAACAGGAAAAACAAAAGGGAAGAUUUUCUCACAGGUAUGAAUGCAAACUGCCUGCUCGAUCAAGGAGAUGGUAAAAUGAUAAAAAAUGAGUUACUCAUGGAAACUGGUGUAAUUGGGAAGAAUAAAAAUAUGGACAACUCGAUAAAUUUUUCCCCACACUACAGUUAUUAUUACAGCAAUAACAGAAGUGACAUCCCCACCGUGAACACAUCCAGAAGGGGGGCAUUCAAUAAAGUCCACUUGGAUCUCUACUGCGACAAUAGUGGGAGCUACAUGAUGGACUCCAGUGACAACAAAAGUUUCAACUAUAAGAAGGAGCCUCGAAAUGAUAUGUUCAAGUUAGGCAAUAACAAUGUCAACAGUGGUGGUGGCCACGGUAGCGACUCCGGUCCCAUUGGUAGUACAGGCAAUCUUGGUAAUCAUGGGGGCCUAUCACUGAGCGGCAAAUUCCACAUGAGUAAAAAUUUCUUCAAAUCACAAGAAAUGGGGAACUAUCAUUUUCAAGACUUAAGCAGCACAUAUGAUAAGUACAAGGGCUCCUUCGACCCGACGUCCAUGUCUGAAUUUCUUGACCAUGAGAGUGGCAAGAGAUAUGUCCACAACAAAACAUGGAGCAGUCACAGUGAGGUGAAAAAUGUCAAGGACAACAACGUUGUGAACGUAAAAAAUACCAAUGUUAUUGGCACCAACAGAAAUAAUCAUAUGAACCUGAAUCUCAGCAGUAAGGAUAAUCGUCUCGGCAUUUCCAAAGGGAGCGAUAAGAGAACGCCUAGUAAUAUUAUACACUCCAGUACCAAUAAUGUAGGGAAGAAAUAUACCAAUAGCAAAAAUUUGCAAAGCUUUAAUAAUAAGUUGAACUUUUCCAGCGACGGAGUUGAUCUGGGCAUGAGCUCCAAGAUGAAUAUUUUUAACAACGCCGGUGAGGUAGGGGGGAGUGCGCUUGGUGGAAGUAGUGGUGGGGGGAAUAAUCUGUCUGCGUAUCAUAUGGCUAACCACCAUUUGGGGAGUAAUCACCUCGGUAGUAAUAACGUAGGAAGUAAUAACAUAGGAAGUAAUAACAUAGGGAAUGGUAACAUGGGGAAUAGUAACCUAGUGAGCAAUAACGUAGGUAGCUAUAACCUCCCCAGCAACGUAAGUAGCAGCAACUUGGGGAGCAGCAACAGCGUGAGCAACGUAUUGAAGGAUGAGAGCCACCUAUUGGGGAGCAGGACCUACAACAACAUGUUGAGCAGCAGCAACAUGAAUCCUCUGUUGAACGGAGAAAAUAAUAAUUUGCUAAGCAGCAGUUAUGCGAACGUUACCAAUGUCCUAAGCAGCAGCAACGGGAUGGUUAGCAGUGGGAACAAGGUGUACAACAGUGGGGGUGGUGGUGAGGGUAACCUUAAUGACAACAUAAAUAAUGUUGGGAGCUUAAACGGAACGAGCUUCCAGACGAACAAGUCCAACUCUAGCGUCAAUAACAGAAUAAAUAGUAGCAAGAAUCAUAUGGGGGACAUACUGAGUGGCCAAAAUUACGUGAACAAUGUUUUACUAUACGACAGUGGAGGUGUUAUGUAUAAUGGAAAAGUUGGAAGCAUGAAUAGUUAUGCAAGGCAGAACUUACCGCACUUUUCCGGGCAGACCUUGGAAAAUUACCCAAACCAGAGCGUGGAUAACUACGCAAGCCAAAGUGUAGACCAUUAUGCCAACCCCAACAUUGACAACUACGCAAACCAAAGUGUGGAUCCAUAUGCCAAUCCCAACAUAGACAACUACCUGAACCCUAACAUAGACAAUUACGGGAGCCCCCAUUUGGACAACUAUGGUACCCCAGUCAUGGACAGUUAUGUGAACCCAAUUAUGGAUAGUUACGCGAACGCAGCCCUGGAUAACUAUGCCAACCAGAGCGUAGAUAACUAUGCCAACCAGAGCGUAGAUAACUAUGCCAACCCGAGCGUUGACAACUAUGUCAGUCCAAACGCCGACAACUAUGUGAACCCCAGCGGAGACAAUUAUGCUAAUCCUAAUGUGGACAGUUAUGUAAAUCCGGACGUGGACAACUACCCAAACCAAAGCAUGGAUAACUACGGAAACCAGAGCAUGGACAAUUAUACCAAUCAGAAUGUGGAUAACUACGCAAGUCCUCACAUGGAGAAUUACACCUCCCCGCACAUGGAUAACUUCGUGAAUCCUCUCAUGGAUAGUUACAUGAACCCCAACAUGGAGAGCUUUGCAAACCAGAGUCUGGACAAUUACGGUGGCCAGAAUAUAGGGAAUUUUGCCUCCCCGAAUGUAGAUAACUUUGCAUCCCCCCCCAGUGUAGACAAUUUCGCCUCGCCCAAUGGGGAGAGUUUCCCCCCCCAGAACGUGGAAACGUUCGUUGGGCCUAGCGGAGAGUCCUACCCCCAUGGAUAUUUGAACAACCUCCCUAUGAAUUACCUAAACGGAGGAAUGACAUCUGCACUGAGCAAUAACAGAGGCACAUCUUCUAUAAAUAACAUGAAUCAGUACUCAAACGAGCUUACUAAUACAUCCUCGAACAUGCUGAACAGUAUAGUAGGAAAAAAGAAUAACCUUCUCCUGAGUGGCAUGAACAACACAGUGAGCAGCUCCAAGGGAAACUUCGGCAUGAAUUACAUCAAUGAUACAUUUAAGAAGGCGUCGAAUUUGUUCUUAAAGACUGUCAUGAGGAGGGGGACCAGAAACGCAAGUGGAAAUAAAAUAAAAAGAAAUAAAAAUAAAGAGUUGCUAGAAAGCAAAGGUGGAAAGUACGAAAUGACAUCACCAUCGAAGGAAGGGAACGGAAGUGGCAUGGUGCCCGAUAGAGGGGGGGUAAAUUACGUACUGGAAGAUCCUCCUCCAGGAAUAGCAAAAUAUAUACAUAGCGGCGAAAUGGCAGAAAGGAUCAAGGAGAACGAUGCUGCGAGCGCAUUGACAACAGCCAUCGCAACUGCUAUCGCAACUUCAACAAGUGGUGCGGGUACUAGUGUCCAACACAUGAAGUGCCUAGAAGAACAUGAUACAAUAAAAAAGAAGGUAAAGAAAGAAAAAAGAACACAAGUUAAAAACAUUAAAAUAAAUAUAGACAAAAUUAACCUCCUCGAAAAUAAAAAGAAAAAAUAUUUGGCCGAAAUUAUUAGGUGCGAACUUAUUUGGGGACCCACGAAAAAUAAAGAACCUAUAACUCCGGUGGAGAGUUGUGAGCUACAUCCUGUUGUUAUCAUAAAGGACCAGUAUGGACAUUUGUACGAUGACGAUGAAGACAAUGAGAACAAUCCCAUAGGAAAAACAGUUAAUAUUUUCUACAGAUGGAGUAGAGGACCUCCUCGAACCGUUUGCUUCUUCCAUCCGCAAAAAAUUGCUUGUCUUCAAUGCACUGUUACCUUUAGAUGCUUUUGCUCCUAUGAAUGUUUCAUGAAAGGAUUUGAUCAUGUGCACAAGUAUUAUCGAAGCAAUGGUCUCAUUAAUAUUCCUUCCCACCCAAAUCUACAUACCUAUGGUGUGCCUUGUUCACCAUUCGAUUGGGAAAAUUAUGAAAAAAAUAUCGAAUUCGAUGAGAAACACUACAAUUCCUUGAUGCAAUCUGGAUUGCUGAACUCCCCGGACAUGGAAAAGUGGGAAAUAAUUAACAACGAAAGGAACUACAUCCCUUGCUUGAAGGAUGUAGGGCAUCAAAUAAUGCUAGAGACUAUGUUGCUGGAUAAAAAUACCAUGUCAUCGGAGAACGGGACAACCAGCUCCGACGAAUGUGAAGGUAGUAGUGUCGACGAGGACAGCAGUGAGCAUGGCAGUCAGGCGGGAGAAGAAGGCACUGUUGGCGCAGUUGGUGCUGUUGACGAACUUCAUAAAGGAGAUGUGCGCGAGGGCAGCGAUUGUAACUUGUCCUCCUCUGAUGAGAAGAACCCAGGAAAGAAGAAAAGCCCCGCAGAGUGUGCACGUUAUGCAGAUGUCCAGACGAGCGAGUUAGAUACGAUGAACCCAGACCAGGUAGGAAGCUUGAAUGAGAUGCAGUAUGCUGGUAACCAUAAAGAGGAAGACCCGUACUCAGGGCAGUUGGCCGACGGAAGUGGCAUCGCCAAUGGGGAUGCAGACACGCCUAACCAGAACGAUGCGGGAACGAACACGGUGUUCACUUCAAAGGGAGACUCGUCGACGGAGGCAAACGCGAAGCAGCCCUUACCUAUUGACGGCACGUUGAAUGAGAACAAUAAUGUGAGUAGCUCACCAGGAGAGGAGGGCAAGGAGUUAAGCAAGGAAGAGUACACAACCAAGAGUGCCCUUAAUCACGGCACAAAUGAAGAAAGCGAAGGAAACGAAAAGAGAAUGGACACUUUUGGCGUUAAUGGUAUGGACAACGGGGGCAUCAAUGACACCUUUGUGCGCAACGAUGAAGCCAUGUGUGUACAGAAUGAAGGAGAACCGACAAGUGGAUUAAUCCCCCCAAUUGCUGAAGCGAAGGAGGAGGGGGCAGAAUUGAAGGAGAAGGACGUGGCAGCGCCUGCAAAUGGAGACUCUGGAGAAAACGUCGAGGAUAGGCAAACGAAUCAAGGUGCCAGAAGUGGCAUACCGACUAGCCCUAGUGAAAGCGCAACUGCUGAAGUGGAGAGCAAAGACGCCACAGAAAAACUCACACACGAAGGGGAAAAGAAUCAAAUCGAGCCAACCCAGGAGAAUGCCCUUCAGUUAAAGAAGAAGAAGAAGAGGAAAAAGAAAAAAAUAUACAUAUUGGAUGACCAAGUGUGGAACAACAUAAGGGACCCCAACAUCUAUCACAAAAUAAUCACGGGCUGUUGCAUUCCCAAUGUGACUAUCUCCCCGAAUUAUAACGUAACAUGUUUUAAGAAUUCCACUGUGAGCAAUGUAAACAACCAGUUCACCAUCAUGACAUGGAAUGUUUUGGCUGAAAUUUACGGCACCAUUGAAGCCUUCCCCCACUGCGAUCCCUACAUGCUAGCCUGGUCCUAUCGCAAGACAAAGAUCAUUCAGGAAAUUUUGAACAACAGUCCGGACAUCAUCUGCCUACAGGAAAUUCAGAACGAACACUUUCUGGACUUUUUCAAACCGUCCUUGGGCGAGCUUGGCUACGAAGGCGUAUACAAACAGAAGACGAAGGAAAUAUUUACGUCCCCCUCUGGAAAGAGAAGGGGAGGAAAAUACACCAUAGACGGAUGCGCUAUCUUUUACAACAAAAAAAAGUUGAAGUUUGUGGAGACUUACGCUUUAGAGUUUAGCAAGCUCAUCAAGGAAGCAUCAGUGUUUACAUUGCCAAAGGAGGUCCAGAAGAACCCUUCAUUGGUGAAGAGACUAUUGAAAGAUAACGUGGCGUUGGUCAUAUUGCUCGAAUACAUACAGCAGUAUUCAAAAAUGUAUGACAGUAAGGAGGAAGGCGUGGAAAAGCCAAAUAAAAAUCUCAUCAUAGUUGCCAACACUCAUAUUGUAGCAAAUCCUGAAGCCAAUUAUGUGAAAAUUUGGCAAGCACAAAUAUUAGUAAAGGUAGUUGAAUACUUGAGAAUAAAUUUUAUAAAAAAAUAUGAAACGAUUCCAAGCUUAAUUAUAUGUGGAGAUUUUAACAGUACUCCUUCAAGUGCUGUUUAUCAGUUAAUAUAUAAAAAAACAUGCAGCAGGAGUCAUGAAGACUUCAGUUCAGACAAGUACAGUUUAUUGACGGAUCUACCCCUUGGUCACAACUUAAAUUUGAAGUCAGCUUAUGCUAUAUCCAAGUUAUUGUCGCAGAAACUUAACCCCGAAGAGUAUAGUUCCAAAAUGGAGAUUUUCGAGCCCUUGUUUACGAACUACACCGGGAACUUUAUAGGGUGCUUGGACUACAUCUUUUACAAUGACGAAAACUUGAAUAUCAUUUCCACCGUCAAUAUUGCUGAUGAGAAUCAGCUAAUGCAAGAGGCGCACAUUUACCAACUGUCGAACUGCGCUUUACCGAGCCCCAUUCGCCCCUCCGACCACUUGCCCCUCAUCGCCAAGUUCGAGUUCAAGAUUUACUGA